CGACGCUCUCUUGUUUUCUCCCCCGCCAUUCCAGCACGCCAGCAGUGCUCUGACUGCUGCUGCUUCCUGACCCCACCCCCUCCCUCAUCCUUUCAAUUCCCUUAUACCUUCAGACAGAUCAUGUCCAUGUAUCCCUGGCAUGCCUCCACCACCACCAACGCUGCUGCUGCUGCUGCUGCUGCCGCCGCCGCCUCAGGACCUCGCCUUGAGACCCCCUCCUCGUCCACUCAGUCUGCCUUACAAAUGCCGGGGCUGCGAUGGCUCCCAUCCAUGAUUUCGCGGGCUACGCCUCUCCCCACCUUAUCGUCCAAUCUCCGUAUCGGCCAGCAACAACAACAGCAGCCGUCGCCGCAACAAUCCCAGACAUCAUCGCAACCGCAGCCGCAAUCUUCCCUCUCUCACGCCCAUCCCCAUCCCCAUCAACACUCCCAUCAACCAGCACAUUCGCAAGCACGCCAACCCGUCCCGCUGGUUGUCGAAUCGCGAUCCCAACAACCGCACCCCGAGUCUCUUGAGAGCGACAGCGACCAUUCAGACACCGGCGCGCGCGACCUCACCCACCCUGACGUCCUCGAGGAUUCCGAAUUCGCCCCAUCACCCGAUAGUAUCCCCCAGGGGGCGACUAUCGCCCGACAAUCCGGAUCUCGAGCUACGACCACCGCCGGGGUAAUGCCGAACGGCAGCGCGGCCAAUCGAACCGCGCUCCUCGCCGCAGCAUCCAGCGUCGUCAGACCCUAUCCACUGGAUGACCGCGAUGACGAUCCCGAGGGCACGGCUGGCGGACUCAAUGGUGAUACAUCGCGCAAGCACGGAAAACGGUUGACCACCCUCGAGGAAGUCUCGUUAUUCAACAUCUGCAACCGACACGCAAGCGAAUUCGGACAGCGCAGUAAUCUCUGCAAGUGGUGGAUGACCGUUACCGCAGAAUUCACGCGGGACCAGGGACAUCCGUACUCGUGGCACUCCGUGCGACGGAAGGUGGAAUUGGUCACAAAGCAGCGGAUGAAGUUUCUCGACGAGCAACGCGAUAAGGGUGCAGACGCGAGCGAAGAUCUGUCGCAUACGCAGUGGCGGACGGCCGUGGACGCGUGGAUUCCCACCUGGCAGAGGUGGGAGGAGGCAGAGGCACGGAGGAUCCAGAAGCGCGAUUCUCGGAAACCGAGGAAGAGGAAGGACAGGCCUUGGGACGCGUGGGAGAUGAGUCCGAACGACGGAUGGCGGAACGCAACAAUAGCGAGUCCGCUCGUUGGCGCAAGCCAACAACCUGGGUUUGCGACCCCCGUGUCGCAAAGCACAGUACGGCUGCCUCCGGGGUUCGACAAUAUGUUCGCCAGCCAGGGACUACAGACCCCGUCACCUGUAGUGGGUGUGCCAGAUGGGUUUUCAACUCAGCGGUCGACUCAGUCCGCUGCAGCGUCUGGAGCGAGUCAUCCGCCGGGGACGGAUAGCUCUAUGAUAAGUGCUAUGCUAGAGACACUGGGGAAGUUGAACCGACAUCUCGAUUCGGUGAGCACCCAACCUACUUCGUCCCCGCUCGCUUCGACCAAGAAAACGAAAUCGCCCUCCGAGACCCGUGCUCGCGAACAGCAACGGGAAGUCCCAGUCGUGGAAGCGACAAACGCCGUGAACAACGCCAGCUUGGUCGAGCCGACCGGACUCACGCACGUCUCUCCCCCCUUUAUCUACAGACUCAAAGAAGAACUCCGACAGGAAAUGCGCGCCGAGCUUGAGAAAGACCGAGCCAGCUUGGAAGAAAAAUUGGAUUCCGUCCAAAGGACACAGGAAAUGAUUCUCGAGAUGUUGAGACAGGAACCUGCCUGACACAUCCACACUCACACCCACCUACCUCCUUGGCUUCUUUAUCCUUUGGCUCUUUUCCCCUUUUCCUUAUUUUUUAUAUCAUAUAUUUGUUUCUGCAUUCGAUCAGAUGAUACCCCAUGGGCGAGUAUGUCAAACCAUAUAUCUAUUAUCAUUAUCAUUAUCUAUUACUAGGAUCAUUCUUGUCGUUCUAUUUUAGGGUUCACUUGGAAGCAACAUCACAUCACUUCGAUUCUUAUUUAUCUCAUAAUAACGAUGAUUCUGGACGGAAAAUUAUCUCUUCAGCUUAGUGCGUUUAGUUAGGGUUUACUCUCAUGUCUUACUGACAAGUAUAUUUCGGGACAGGAUACAGAAUUAUAUUUCACGGGUUUAAGGAUACUCAAAC